AUGAUGGCAGGUUCAGCAAAAACAACGACUGGCUAUCCAACAUCAACAAAUUUUGAAACACAAAGUGACGUCAAUUUUAGUACAACAUAUCCUGUACGAUCAUUAUCACCGGAAGAUCUUCAAAAAUUAAAAUAUAAAAUUGAUCUUGAUAAGCAAGUAGCUGAAAAAAAACACCGUCGUGCUCGUGAAUGGGAAACCAAAAUUGAACGAGAGAAAAAAUAUGUUCGACAUCAACCAUUUGGACGACACGAUCAUACAACUAUUAUUAAUAAACAAGAAUUAGAAGAAAUAUUAACAAAAGGUCGUGCUCCUUCACCAGUCUUAGAUAUGCCUCAACAAUUACCACUUAAUUAUCCACAAUCAAACAUACCUUAUGGAAAUAAUAUGCAUGGUCCAUUCCAACAGCCAACAUAUAAUGAUUCUUCUUCUUAUACAAACUUUUCAAAUACACAAACACAACCUUCAUCUCGACAGAGAAACGAUUCUGAUAAUAAUAAUUAUAAUUUUCAACGUUUUUAUGGACCAAAUGCAAAUGCUAAUGAAUCUCUAAAACAAGUUUCAUCAUCAUCAAAUGGUACUGCUCAACCCAUUAAAGGCGAUGCACAUGAUCCAUUUCUUUUAUUUGAUCCAAAUAAAGAAGGACAAAAUGUUUUUAAUAUUAUUCCUCAACAAGAUUUAUAUGAUCCAUGGGGACGACCAGGUGGUGGUGCUCCAUUAAUUCAUCAACCAACUGGACAAAAAUUUACAAGAUAUUCGGGUAGUUUACAAGAUAAAUUAAAUUCAGUUGGACCAUUAGGUUUUUAUCGAAGACAAUAUGCUGGUGAUACUGCUGAAUGGAUUUCUCAACUUGAAAGUGGUCGUUAUCCAUUAAAAUUACAUUUACCAACAACACAAACAACUCGAGAAUAUAUUGGUGCACGUGGUCGAUAUAGAGAUGAAGAAAGUCGUUCAUUACAUAAUGAUCUUGUUCGACAAGCUGAAGAACGAUAUCAAAAUCAACAAAUAAAUCGAUAUCAAAAUAGUCUUGCUGAAUUACAACAUACUGAAGUACAAAAUAGUUGGUGGGGUAGAAGUGGUGGUGGUGCACCAACAUUUACAAAUCGACGACAUAAUGUUCAAAAUACAUUGGAACAUCCUCGACAAAAAUGGACAACAAAUCAUCUUGGUCAAUUAGUAGCAGCUGAUGAUGAAGGAGCAGGUCAACUAAGAUAUUCUGAUUCUGAUUAUUAUUAUCCAAAAGUAAAAGGUUUUUCCAGUCAUCGAAAUUAUUAUGAAGUAUCUGAAGAUAAAAGAUCUUAA